AUGGCAGGCUGCGGCGGCUGGCGGUCGUGGGCGGAGCGGUACAAGCCGGGUGUGGCCAUGGUGCUAGUGCAGCUGUUGUACUCGCUGGUGGACAUGGCGCUCAAGACGGCGUACGGGCUCGGCAUGCGCCCCAUUGUCUUCGUCGCCUACCGCCAGGGCAUCACCGCCGCCGCGCUCUUCCUCGGCUCCCUCGCCACCAGAGGGUUCACGCUGCGCCCGAUGGACGUCGGCUCCCGGGCCUUCGCCCUCCUCUUCGUUGCCUCCCUCGCCACCGCGAUGGGGCAGUACUGCUACUUCAUGGGGCUGCAUCUGGCGUCGCCGUCAAUGGCAAGAGCGACCACCAACCUCGCCCCCGGCAUCACGUUCGCCAUUGCCGCCGUCAUCGGGUACUCCUCUUGCUCCCCUUAUGUUCAUCGCCGUCGCGGAGUUGGGACGAGGACGCUGGUCGUCCAAUUUUUUAGCUACAUCGCAACUUAG